AUGCUUCGCAACGUCUGUCUCCUCGUCCUUCUCGGUCUUGCCCCGGCCCUGAUUGCCGCUAGCCCGGUGCCUGACUACGGUUAUGGCAGCUAUGGCGGCGGUGAAGGAGGUGGUGGCUCUGUCAGCACGGGCGGCCCCGGCGGUCCUGGAGGUGGUCCCGGCGGCCCCGGUGGUCCUGGUGGUCCGGCUGGCCCAGGUGGUUCAACUGGGCCCGGAGGCCCAAGUGCCUCGGGUGGUCCCAAAGGCCCUGGGGGUCCCGGAGGUCCCGGAGGUCAAGGGGGUUCUACCCCACCUGGCAGCAACGGUGGCGCAGUCAACUGUGACUACCCAUCCAACCGUAACAACGCUGCUUGCACUGGCAAGGACACCAACCCUGGCGGCCCAAUGAUUCCAGUUGGAGGUUCAGGCUCAGUUAACUGUGACUACCCAUCCAACCGCAACAACCCUGCUUGCACUACCACCACCACCACCACUGGCGGUGACAGCUCAGUCUGUGGCGACUACAACCCUUGCACCAACAUGGCCUCGGGACCGGGCCAGGCCGGCCCCAACGCCGUUUGCGUCAACUGCGACUACCCCAGCAACGCGGGCAACAUGGCCUGCAAGAGCAACACGGGCUUCCAGGCCAACUGCAACCUGUCACAGUUUGCUAACCUCAGCAUCUGCGGCGGUUCGUGUUCUAGCAACACCACUCCCACACCUACCCCGUCGAACGACAGCCCCCCGGUCGAGACCGAGACACCCUACUCUGAGGCCCCAACCCCGGUCCCAACCCCGGUCGCUAGCGAAAACGUCCCGGCUGCCACUGCCACCCCCACCCCCAUUCCCACGGACUACGCUCCUGCGACUGGCACUGACAGCGACUAUGCUCCUGCUCCUACUAGCAGCGACUACUCUUCCUCGACCGACGAUAGUGGAGACUACUCGGUCUCAGACGAGUACAGCCAGUAA